UGGGCGCGGAGGUGCGCUCGGUGUCGUCGGGAGCCGCACGCUCAAGGACGCCAUCAACGAGUGCAUCCGCGACUGGGUUACGAAUGUGGAGGACACGCACUAUCUGAUAGGGAGCGUGGUGGGGCCGCAUCCGUACCCGAUGAUGGUGCGGGACUUUCAGAAGGUGAUAGGGAUUGAGGCGCGGGCGCAACUGCUAUCGAGGGUGGGCAGGCUGCCGGACUAUGCGGUGCAUGCGUGGGAGGCGGCAGCAACGCGAUGGGGCUGUUCUAUGAGUUCAUCGGGGAUGAGAGGACUGAGAACGGGCAGGUGAUGGAGGCGCACAGCAUAUCGGCGGGGCUGGACUAUCCCGGCGUGGGGCCGGAGCAUAGCUGGCUGAACGACGCGGGGCGCGCGGAGUAUGUGAGCGUGACGGACACGGAGGCGCUGGAAGGCUUCGAGCUGAUGUGCCGCGUGGAGGGCAUCAUUCCUGCGCUGGAACCGGCGCAUGCGGCGUACUACAUUUCGCAGCUCGCGCCUACGCUGUCGCCGGACAAGAUUAUCCUGAUGGGGCUGAGCGGUCGCGGCGACAAGGAUAUGGACACGGUGGCGUCGGCGCUGGGUGUGAGCAUAUACUCGUCAGCACGUCAGCCAAGUGUCAGACCGGGUCUAAAUUGA